AUGUUGGGAAAAUGGGUUAUGAUGCUGGGUUUGAUUGCUAUAGUAAAUACUGGGUGGUGUUUGGCUGGUUUCGAUGGUGCACGGCGACCUGACCUGAGUCGAUGUAAAGAGGAGAAGAGUGGUUUGAUUAGAAAUUGCAGGUCAGCAAUUUACAGUAGAAAUCCGGCUGCUACUUGUCGCCAAAUGACAAGAAAUGUUCAUUUUGAACGAGUUUGUCCUUAUGUUACUCCAAAAGUGGCAACUAUUAUUGAAGUUCAACGUGCGCUGAAACUAUUUCAAGAUUGUGGGAGGCAAGUUCCUCACAAUUUCAAGUGUGGAACCAUGGCUGUGACAGCAGGGUUUAGUGAUACAGCAAUUGAAAAUGGGGAUAAUCCUAGGGGUAAAAUUGGCCAGGCAAAAGUGAACAGGUACUGGCCGGGAAAAGCACCAGAGUGGGCGGUUGACAAGGAUGAAGAUGGGGACAUUAGGAUGGCAAGGGUUGCUGGGCUUGAAAAAGCGUUCCCGAGUCUUGAGGAGACUGAUGUUAUGCGGAAGGAUGAUCCGAGAUUGCGUCGUUUGGCUAAGAUUAGGAUUGAUAAUCGUGAGGAGGUGAGGGAAGAUCGUAGAUGCAUUAGGCAGGCUGAGAUUGUUUCAACGAUAGAGGAGGAAAGGAGGAGGGAAGAAGGAUUAGAUUUGGAGGAUGAGGAUGCAUUGGAGCAGAGGAGAAGAAGGAUUAGGGAGAAACUGUUGCAAAGUCAACAAGAGGAGGCAGCACUCAUGCCGGAAGAAGAGGAGGAAGUUGAGGAAGAGGAGUCUGAGUACGAGACUGAUUCUGAAGAAGAAACGACGGCCAUUGUGAUGGUGAAACUAGUUUUUGUUCCAAAAUCUGAGAGAGAUACAAUUGCCGAACUUGAGAGACUCGAGGCAGAAGAGAGGGCACUUGAGGAAGCCGAGAAAAGGAGGAUGAAAAAGAGGAGAGUAGAGACGAAGCAACUUGUGGUUGAAAAAAUUAGGGAGGACCAGGAGAUUCAGAGGAAUAUAGAGUCGGAGGCAAUUAUUGCUGACUUUGAUACUGAUGAUGAGGUGAAUGAGGCGGAGGAAUAUGAGGCUUGGAAGGCCAGAGAGAUUGCUAGGAUCAAGGGGGUUAGAGAUGACAAAGAGGCAAUGUUGAGGGAGAAGGAGGAGAUUGAGAGGGUGAGAAACAUGACAGAGGAAGAGAGGAGGGAGUGGGAGAGAAAGAAUCCAAAGCCUACUGGACAAUCCAAGCGAAAGCGGAGGUUCAUGCAGAAAUACUACCAUAAGGGUCCUUUCUUCCAGACGAAUCCUGAUGAUCAUGCUGGAACUGCUAAGACACAUAAUAUUUACUCUCGUGAUUUCUCUGCUCCAACUGGGGAGGAUAAGAUGCAGGUUAGGCACUUUGGUCGUAGUCGAAGAGUAAAAUGGACUAAUCUUGACCAUGAAGACACAACUGAUGGGAAUUACCCGUUAGUGCUUCUUACUUAA